GUUUGACGUGCCAAAAUGCACCUUUUCUCGUCUUCCAGCGCUCCCCCAGUCAGUCACUAUUGAGAGAUUUGCUACCUCUUUCGUUGUUCGAUCUUCUCUAUUCUUCCAAAAACCAUGCUCUACGCGGCUUUUAAAAUCUUUAUCUGUCUCUCUGAUUGCAAUCCAGAACUUGGUGGUUCUGAUACGUCAGAUCGGACCGCAAGUUCUCAUUGCGACGCCUUAUAUGCACGGCUGCCGAACACUUACAUAACCACGUCAACCUCUGUUGACAGUUCCGCUUGACACCAAAGCUGCCCGGUGCUCGCGCGACCAGGUCAAUGCGCGGCGAACACCGCAUAGCCUCCUCUCAAGCAUGGAAUCACGAAUUCGCAAAUUUCUCAGUCCAAAGAGACUGAAGGCCAACAAAAAUCCGGACAGCUCCGAGCUGGAUUUGCAUAGCGUGCCCUAUACUACGGCUCCACCCCAGGGUCGCUUACCCGUCUUCAUCAACCACGCAUUGGGCAAGUCUUCUUCAACAAAGCGCCAAAUUCAUCUGCCCACAGAUCUUCGCUCAUUAUCUUAUCAUUCCACUCUGCCGGGAAAGCCGCCCCAACUGGGAGAGCGACCUCAACGGGGCAAUGGACCAGUCAAGCUGCAAACGAGCCGUCGCCUGAGUUCAGGGGAGCUUCUCAUCACCCAACAAGACUAUGAUCGGACAUUGGAGGAGAUUCGCGAAGGCGACUUUAUCGUUGGCGGUAAAGAGAGAAGGACUUCUCGAACGUCGUCAUCUCAACCUACUCCGUCAAUCCGCCGGCCAGAAUUGAAAUUUCUCUCGACCGCUCCAAACUCCCCACGAGAACAGUCGACAUUUGGUUCAGUCCGACUGCCGCCAUCGGCUGCUAGCGAUUUGCCAAUAUCUGGAUAUCACCGUCGUUCUUUCACUACUUCAUCCAGCUUUCUACAUGAGCGUCAACCGUCGGUCGAACAUGGGUACAUUUUUCCCGGUUCUGGUUCUAAUCCGGGCACCCAUGGCCUCGGAAUAUCCAGCCCUACUCAUUCGCUCUUUCCGCGCCACAUGGCUUCAACGACAUCUCUCCUCGAACCCCACGAAGAACGAAAUCCUACCAUACAAGCGCUAUGGAAGGCAGAGUACAGUCGCCUAGUGUCAAUAUAUGGCCAACCUGGUGUUGAUCGCAACAUUCUGGAGCUCCAACAAGACCAGCCGGGCAUGUUAGACAAUCAUCACCAUCCCUACGAAUCGACGCCCUACAGCCUUAGCACAUACCCGACAUCUUCUGUAUCACUUCAACAACCCACCUCAUAUAGCCAAGCCGAGCCUGGUAGAAGCGGGUUGGGACUGAGAAGUCACAUGUCGACGUCAAAUCUCGAAAUGGGAUAUCGCGAAGAUCACUCCGAAGGCUCUUCUAACCACAGGCACUCAUUACUUUCCUCCAGUGGCGCUUCUUCCUCCUUCACUACCAGAACCAGCAUGGCCGAGGAGUUGGCGAUGACAAGGGACGACUUACGCAGGAUCAUCGAUGACAUGCGAAUGACCUAUCUUCAUGCCAUUGAAGCUCGCACACCACCUCCAGAGCCACUAUCUGAAACGCCAAUCCCGAAAUCCAGAUCCAAGAAGCAGACACGCUCUCUUGGCUCUUCCACCUCCGUCGAGAGUGGUCUGCGGUCAAUGAGUGGUCAGAGAAAAAUCAAGUCUUGGCAAUUGGCGACGCCGGCCAUAACGACACCAAGAACGGCCACCUCUUCGCCGUCAUUUCAACAUCAUAAGAAGAGGAGAAGCUCUGGUCACGCUCGAAGGACGUCUGCACAACAUGUCGCCGGAAUUACCACAUUAUCACCCAUAAAGGCCAGCCCAGCUCGGCCGAAGCGAGCCGAAUCCAAUCAAGAUGAGAGUGUGGGUUUGAAGCGAGCUGAUUCAACGACUCUAGGUUCUUUGGCAAGAGAACUGAAGAUCUUCGACAAUCAUAAUUCGAGCAUGCCAUCACAAUCAACACUUACCUCUUCACCAACGUUCUACAACACUUCGAGCUCGGAAUCUUUCUCGGGCCCAUACAAGACCUCCUCCUCAGGCUCCGUCGGACCUCUAACCCCCGAAAAGACGAUCCAUACGCGGACACCGGAAAAGUCAAAUCCAGCCGGCAAUUCUGACUCGUCUGUGGGCAGCUCCUCGUGGCAGCAAGAAGCAGAUCGUUUGUUCGAGGAUACAGAGAUUGAUCUCGCAGUCGACAUCGAUGAUUUCGAGUCGCUGUGUGACGAUCUUUUCAAUUCUCCAGCAUUGCGGAACAACUCCUUCAAUACGCUCUCCACAUGGGCUGGGGACACCAGAGAGGCUGCUGACGUUGUCGAAGACGCAGUAGCCAAUGGCAACCCGCCAACAGCGGUACCCAGAUCAAUCCCCUGCCAGAGCCGUCCCGGAUCAACUGCUCCUCCUGGCAUGUUUUGAUGCAUCUGACAUCUCGGAAUCCAUUCUCCUUGUUUAUGAAUUAUGUCAUCUUACGACCGUUUUGAAUGCGCUCAUGUUAUGCUUAUGAUAUGUAUGUUAUGGCUCCCAUUGUUUACAACUCAUGUCUUGAUGCCUGAUGAAGGGCCACGUCUGAGCAUGAUCUCUUUCUAAUGGCUCUGCGCGUCUUGUCUGACGGGGUUCUUUAUGUGUGUUUACAUGACUAUGUACAGGUCAUAUCGGCCUAUGAUGCUUGUCUUCGAUGUUUUGAAUAGUACAUAUCAUAUACCACUGUGUGUAUUCGGUGGAGAGCUUCUGGUUUGGCCCCAAUGGGAAACGGCGCAAUUAGAAGAUCCCAGAGGAAUCCUCAAAAUAGGAGAUGGACUAUACAAAGUCUCCCAUGAUGCAUGUUCGGGUCGAAGCACCUCCUGAUGGGCAUGCGGAUACAUAACAAAGCCCCCACGGGCGCAAAAUAUAGACAUGAUGGAUGGAGUCAGAUAUCUUCGAAAUUUAGGGCCAAAGUGUCUCCCUGGACUAGCACUCGACCUCGCAAUUCGAGGACUGGGCACCAAUACAGUACCAGUAAUCAUAUUGUACUUACAGAUGAACUUGGCAGCAUUCCGACAUACAUCCAUUUCAACCCAAUGGUAUUGACAGGAUUGAAGACAAUG